UUAGAGUGGGAGAGCAGAAAGGCUCUGGACAGGGUGAGUGGAAAGCUGGAAAGCUCCUCCCCGCUGAUUGUAGCCUACAACGCGAUGGUGCUUUAAUGUCAUUGUUUGAGUGGAGCUGCGCCCCGCUUGCAUCCGCUGGGAUCAAACAACCCCGACAGCGAGAUUCCUUUUUGUCAUAGAAAUCAGACACUGCCUCUCAGUCACACGUGGGCUUCAGAAAUUCUAAAAAGUUGAACAUCCAGCCAGGACUUGUAAUACAGAACGGAUCAAGGAGAUGCUGAGGACAAUCUGAAUAGUGUACGACGGGACUCUCCACGUUUCACUCUCAUCGGCAGUAGGAUACGUAUAUUUGUAUAUAGCUGGUGUGCGCAGUCAAUGCACUGGAACCUAAAGCAUAUGCUUAACUUUUGUCUCGCUUAGAAAAGUAGGCACUAGGGACGAGUUUGUUCUACGUUUGAAAUGGAAAUCAAGUCUUUUUCCGUGAGUGUCGCUCUGUGGAGUUUUUUGUUUUGAAUGUAUAAAAACUAUAUCACUGUUCUGGUUUCACAUAGCAUAUUUGUAAAAAAAUGCCGAAUUUGGCCCCGCUAAUUGUUUUCUUUGCGCUGCUCUGUUCAAUCUCUGGGCGCGCAUUUGGAUGCCCUCUUCGUUGCGAAUGCUCAGAAGCCGCGCACACCGUCAAGUGUGUUUCCAAAUACUUGCGGAGUGUCCCGUCCGGGAUACCAGGGUACACGAGGAAUCUGUUUAUAACGGGAAAUCAGAUCAGCAGAAUUGGGCCAGAAUCGUUCAAAGGGCUGGACAAUUUAACCACGUUGUCACUGAGUAACAACAGGAUAACAGAGGUAGAGUCUCAGACGUUUUCUGGACUGCGUUCCCUCCGCUCUCUGGACCUGAGCUCCAACCAGCUGACUGUCAUCAACCCAGAGGCCUUCACUGUUCCCGGCCACACCCUCAGGGAGCUCAACCUCAGCCGAGCUCUCUACAACCACUCCUCUGUCAUGGACCUGGCUGUGUCUCUUCGCUGGUCCACCCUGGGGGAGAUCCGGACCCUGGACCUGUCAGGGAACAGCCUGAUCUACCUGCCCUCUCACACCUUCUCCUACCUGGGGGGCUUGCGGAGGCUCAUCCUGGCCAACAACUCCCUGGUGGCCCUCUACAAUGGCACCUUCUCUGGGUUGGACUCUCUGGAGCAGCUGGAUCUGACCUUCAACGCUCUGCGGACCAUCCAGGAGGAGGGCCUGGCUGAGCUGGACUCGUUGGUCCCGGGGGCGAGACUCAUUCUAGGGGAGAACCCCUGGACCUGUAUCUGUGGUAUUGAGCCCUUCGCUGCCUGGCUCAACUCCUCCCAGGGACAUGUGGGGGACGCAGAGAGCCUGGUGUGUGCCUUCCCCCCAGACAUGAGGAACAUCUCUCUGCUGAGGGUGGCGCUGGGGUGCCACAGGGUGGAUGAGGGGGCGGACCUGGCCCUCCAGACUUCCUACGUGUUCCUGGGGAUCGUCCUGGGCUUCGUGGGACUCGUCUUCCUCUUGGUCCUCUACCUCAACCGGCAGGGCAUCAAGAAGAGGAUCAAUGACAUGCGGGAAGCAUGCACAGAGGUGUUGGAGGGAUACCACUACCGCUACGAGCUCGAUUCCGACCCCAGGCUCUCUCAGGUCUCCACCACGGCAGACAUUUGACGAUAUCAAGACACUCAAGGGGCUUCCAUGAUCCUUCUUUCAUAAUUGAAAACAUUGGACUUUUUUUCUAUUGCAUUCACAGAGAAGAUAAUGUAAAAACUGUACAUAUCAAUUGUCUGUAAAUAUAAACAUACAGUAAGUAUAUAACUGGGCGUUGCUAUUGAUUUCCCAGUAGCUAUGUCCAUGAUUAAAGCAUGCACCGUCUGUCUGAUCUGUAGUCCUUCUCAACCAGUCAUCCCUUUUAGUCCACACAUCGUCUGAGACUAGGGAUAACCCCUGGCUAACAAAUAAAGGGGCAUGGACUGUGAAAGAGAACUGGUAUAUGGAUGGGGGACUGACUGACUUCUUCUACAUACAUUUUCCCCUCUUAAAAGAGGUGCUUCUCUGUCUGUCCUAGAGUGAAGUGUCACGUGAAGGAGUGAAACGACAAUUGGACAAUAUCAUUUAUGUAUGUUUUGAUUUUUGGAACUGAGAAAAUAUAUGGAUGAAUAUACUUAAUUCAUGAAGCUGAAGUAAUAAAACUGAAGAUUGUUCUUA